CUUUCAUUUAGAGCAGUGCACUACGACACUGGUGAGUUCAUUUUGGUGUUGAGAAGCCAAGUUUUGUCUGAAAUUGUGCAAUGGCUUUCCUGUUCAGCAAAUUUCUAGAGGCUGCUAAAACUCUUGCGAGCAGCCGUACAUUUGCAAGAGAUCCCAGACAGUUCCAAUUCGAAGCUGACAUUAAUCGGCUGUUCCUCUAUACCAGCUACAAUCGUUUAGGAAGGGAUGUUCAAGAGGCAGAUGCAGAAGAGAUCAUUGAGAUGGCUAAUAAAGCUCAUGUUGUUGAUCAGCAGAAGCAAGUCCAAGAAAACAUCCACUCUCAAAUUGAAAAGUUCUGCUCUUCUAUGAAUAAAAUUCUUCUUCCUGAUGUGAAAAGUAUUGAGCAGGGUGAAGCACUAGUACAACCAGAUCCCGCACCUCGCCGAAGUGGCCUUAGUUUUGCUGUUGGAAAUACCAGUCCAUCAACUGACUGUCCUGCUAUACCUGAGACGAAGCCAUUGAAGGGUGCAGAAGUCUCGUCGAGAUUGAAGGAUCUCAUUGGAUACACCCUUACUGUAAAGCCAUCUCAGAUACCCCACAAGGAUGCCGGACAAGGCUUAUUUUUAGACGGUGAAGCUGAUGUUGGCACUGUUAUUGCUUUGUACCCUGGUGUAAUAUACACGCCAGCUUGUUAUCGCUAUAUCCCCGGGUACCCUAAAGUCAAUGCUCAUAACUCAUAUUUAAUCACACGGUAUGAUGGUACGGUGAUCAACGCUCAGCCUUGGGGUUCUGGUGGUGAAACUCGUGAAGCAUGGAAUGGGCUAGUUGCACCAGAAAUUCGGCCUCCUGUCGAAAAUAAUGAGAAAGGCUCGGACCGACUGUGGAAAAUGCUCAGCACACCUUUAAAAGGGACUCGAGUUGGUUCUACUUCUGAGGUUCUUGAGCGUAGAAACCCUUUAGCUGCGGCUCAUUUUGCGAAUCACCCAGCAAAGGGUAUGGCUCCAAAUGUCAUGGUUUGCCCUUAUGACUUUCCAUUGACUGAUAAGGAUAUGAGAACGUAUAUUCCGAAUAUAGCAUUUGGCGAACCGGAAGAAGUGAAGAUGAGAAGAUUUGGCAGCUUUUGGUUCAAAUCAAGGGCAAAAGAAGGUGGCUCUGCUGUACCUCUUUUAAAAACGCUUGUGCUGGUAGCAACCAGGGCACUAAGUGAUGAAGAAGUGCUAUUGAAUUACAGGUUGAGCAAUUCGAAGCGACGACCGGAGUGGUAUACUCCGGUGGAUGAAGAGGAAGAUCAAAGGAGAUGGAGCUAACCUGCUCUCAUCCUUACGCUAUUCCUCAAGGCAGACGACUGUACUCCACAUUCUCUCUUUUAAAAAAAAAUUAAGUAUUCACUCUUCAUAAGUUAAUAAUGUUUAGAUUGGAAGCAUGGGGCUGAGUUAUACUAAUGAACUAGUCAAAUUUUGGCGGGUAAUGAUUAUUCUUGGUUACGUAA